CUAUAUAUAUAAAGUGGCUAUUUAACAGAAAUUCUUGGUUUAACGGAUUUUUUUGUUGUUUUUCCGUUAAAGUUAACAUCCGUCCGUGUGUAUGGAAGUUAUUAUGAUCAUGAGUUUGGCUGGCAGAUGCUGCAUGUACUUCAAUUCAUUAUUAAGGACAUCGAUAUCUGCGUGCAUUGAUUCGUUCGUUCAUGAACUGGCAAAGAACUCAAGCGGUAUGGAAAUUGCAUUAUUGCGACAGAUAUUCAAUGGUGUCUUUUUAAAAGUAAACAAGGCAACGAUGAAUAUGCUGCACAGAGUUGAGCCUUAUGUGACCUACGGGUAUCCGAAUUUGAAGAGUGUCAAAGAAUUGAUUUACAAAAGGGGAUAUGGAAAACUCAACAAGCAGAGAAUUGCUUUGACUGAUAAUUCCAUCGUCGAACAGGCUUUGGGUAAGCAAGGAAUCAUUUGCACGGAAGAUCUUAUCCCUGAGAUUAUGACGGUUGGACCCCACUUCAAGGAGGCAAAUAAUUUCUUAUGGCCAUUCAAGCUUAAGGCACCCCUGGGUGGUUUGAAGAAGAAGAGAAAUCACCAUGUUGAAGGAGGUGAAGUCGGAAAUCUUGAAGAUUACAUCAAUGAGCUCAUCCGCAGGAUGAAUUAGGUCCAUGCAGCAGGAUAUUAUCCUCCCGAAAUCUGGAUGAUGGAAGAGAGGACAUGCGAAAGUUUUCUGGUGAUGCGCAGGAGGUGGCGUUGCUGUUGCACGGUGGAUGUUCAGAGGUAGUAGGCUGCAUCGUAGUGGCUGGGCAGUGGCUCGGAGUAUGGAAAAACUUUCGGUGCUCUAUUUUGUAGCAGAAAAACAGAGGAAGAGUUGGCCGUAGUGGUGUAGGUUGCGUACAUGGUUUACGGCGAUGCUGCUGUACAUGUCUGAAGAAGGAAUUAGGUAUGCCCCACUUCCACAAGGUGCUCUUCUCACUCUUCUGUACAUGUCUAUUAAGCUUCAGGUUGAAUUAAACUAAAGCUGCCAACUGCUAAUUCAUCUUCUGUAAAAAGAAUUCUUAGUUUUUGUAAAUUAUGUUCCUUAGAAAGUGGUUGUGUACAUAAGCUGUUUUUGUUAUAAAAAUCCAGUAGGAAUUGGUUUGACAAAUAGAAGGUACAUAAAUGAUCACGGUU